UGAAAAUUGAAUAAAUGGUCAAAUAAUAUAUGUAAGUUUCUUUUUAUCUUUUAUAUUCUGAUUGUGUCCAUUCAAUCGUUAAUAUCCUGUGAAGAACAACGUCAAUGGCAACUCUUAGCGUGCAAGCUGUUCGUCCUCCUCCAUUAACAUCCACCUCCGACCCACCUCCUCUUUUUGAUGGCACCACCAGGUUGUACAUCAGUUAUUCUUGCCCCUAUGCACAGCGUGUAUGGAUAACUAGGAACUACAAGAGACUACAAGACAAGAUCAAAUUGGUUCCUAUUGAUCUUCAAGAUAGGCCAGCUUGGUAUAAGGAGAAAGUCUACCCUGAAAAUAAGGUGCCAUCAUUGGAGCACAAUGGCAAGGUUUUGGGAGAAAGUCUUGAUUUGAUCAAAUAUGUAGAUGCCAACUUUGAAGGGACACCUUUGUUUCCUGGUGAUCCUGCUAAGAAAGAGUUUGGUGAACAACUAUUAUCCCAUGUUGAUACAUUCAACAAUGACGCGUCCUCUUCAUUGAAAGGGGGUGUUGUACAGCAAGCUAGUUCUGCCUUUGAUUACUUGGAGAAUGCUCUUGGUAAAUUUGAUGAUGGGCCGUUCUUUCUUGGUCAAUUCAGUUUGGUGGAUAUUGCAUACAUUCCAUUUGUUGAAAGAUUCCAACCUGUCUCUGUUGACGUGUUCAAACAUGACAUCACCGAAGGAAGGCCAAAACUUGCAACGUGGAUUGAGGAGGUUAACAAGAUUGAUGCUUAUACAGAGACAAAAUUAGAACCCCAGGAAAUCGUUGAUAGAUUCAAGAAACGUUAUCUGUCUCAACAGUGAGCGUUGGAUUGGAUUUUUCUAAGACGACGUAGAUUAUCUUCAGUCAAAUAUCAGUUAUGUUUAUCUGCUAAAGUUGCACAUAGUUAUGUU